CACCUCUCCUCCCUUGCACUUUUCGCGACUUAUUAUUAUUACGAUUUAUUCCUCCUUGUUUGUCCAACAUCAAACCUGGGACAUCGCCAAGGAUCGACCCGUGGCGAAAGCCGGUCCAACUUCCUGUACUGACGUCGGGCACGUCGCAACAACUUCACACUUGAUUGUCGCUUCCAGGGCACCCAGUGUACUGAAGUUGUCCCCGAAACGCCAGGCGCAAUCGCCCAUCCAUAAUAUCUGCCAUAUCCGCCCGUCAUGGCCUCCUCCAACGACGAGACACCGACGCCGGUGCCGUUCCCGCUCCUCGAGAACAUUGAUACCGCCUCCUCAACGAAUCGACCUCACGCAGACUCAAAUCCAACACCUUCGACACCAAAUACUCCCAAUAAACGUUCCAGAACUUCCACGACCGCAUCGAUAGCAUCGACUACGAAUCGCAUUCGGGCCGCGUCGAUCAAGAUACUAGAAGCAGAUCCACCACCCGGAAUGUGGGCAGCGACGGCAACGCAUGCUUCCAAAGCGCCGACACUUCCUCAGAUUCGGAACGGAUCGUUCAGUAAUGCUGGAUGGUGCGACGAUGGACAACGCGUGGCGUAUACAGAGCGCAGAGAGCGUCGGGCAAGUGAGGCCGAGGAGGGCGCCAACAAGAGAUGGCGAUUAGGAAGGACGAGCUCGUCACUCAGUACAGCGGGAACCGGUGACGCUACAGCUGGGGUGACAAAGGGGAAAAGAAAGAGCUCCGUCGGCUCUCCCGAUCUCGGUACGGAGCCAUUCCCGGCGGUGACCGCGGAGGAAAUGCAUGCCAUACCAGAAGAACCAAGCCACACUCAUCCAACGUGGAAAACUCCGGAUUACGAUGGAACCAAUGAUGAUGGGAUUGCGGAGGAGAAAGAGAUCGUGCCAUCAAAUCCUAGCUCUGUUGAUUCGGAGAGGCAGCAUGUUCAUAGACACCCGCACAUGCAUCACAAGCCACAGCGAAAGUUCUCCAAUGGCUACGUCCCGCCACCAAAGCUUCCUUGGACCACCUCUACCGUCAUUGGCCUGAAGUCUUUCUGGAAAUGGUUCUUAACCCCAGCCGGCUUUCUUAUCACUAUCUACGGCGCAAAUGUGAUUGCCUGGGGUGGUAUGUUGUUCUUAUUGCUAUGUAACGCCAGCACUGCCAUGUGCCACCCAACUUGUAACGACAUCCAAUCGCCCCGCCGGAUAUGGAUCGAAAUCGACUCCCAAAUCUUGAAUGCUCUCUUUUGCGUUACCGGAUUUGGUCUCGCUCCUUGGCGGUUCAGAGAUCUCUAUUGGUGGGGAGUAUGGAGACUUGGCGGCUCCAAGCGCACAAUGACUGGUAUUCGGAGACUCGCGGGUAUUCAUCGAGGGUGGUUCCGACUUCCCGGAUCCGAUUGUCUCGACCAACCGGAAGCCCCUUCAUCCACUGACCCUAACAACCCAGCGGUCCCUAUCCCACUAUCCAAGAUUCCGGACCCUCCGCCAACGGGUGUACGGGCGACUCCAACAGCAGGUUGGAAGAUGGAUUUCGUUGUGUGGAUGAACGCGAUGAACACCUUUCUCCAAGUCAUUCUCUGUUUCUGGAUGUGGCACUAUAACCGUUACCAACGUCCAUCCUGGGCUACAGGUACAUUCGUCGCUAUGGGCUGCAUUGCAGCUGGUGUGGGUGGUAUCAUGAUUUUUCACGAAGGCAACUUGAUUAAGAAAGUCGAGGGUGUGCCUGCAGGGAUUGCAGAGAAAGUUCAAGAUGUGGAGGCUCAAGUGUUGGGGCCAGAAAAGAAUCAAGCCGAUGCUGUCGCGCGAGAAAAAAGCAGAGAUUCCAAGGUCUAAAGAGAAGAAAUGGAUGCUUGGCCACUCGGAGAAGACGACACUGAAUAGCGUUGGGUGAUGAAACUCUUAUGGGUUUUACUUCACUGAUUCGACAGAUUUUCCUCUAUGAAUUACUAGUAGACGCUGCGCUCUUGGUAUCCCUCCUACUGUUUAUAAUGGCUUGGCACGAGAUAAACCUCUUCGUGCGAGUUUAAUACUCACUCGUUAUUUCGCCUGCAAUAUGUAUACUGAGAUGAGAGAUAGCGAGAUGGUGUUUCCCUUUUGAAACACGAAGAACCCGGUACAUACUUCGAGGAGUCUGUAGAUGUUGGUC